UUUAUUUAGACUUACAACUCAAUCAUUAGGUGACAAAUAAUAAUACCAAACAGCUAAUGUCAGCUUCACAUCAAUUCUUUUUUGAAAUCAAAGACAUAAGGAAUAAUUUUAAACUGUUUUAUUAAAAAACGGCGUUGGUGAAAUAAAAUCUGAUUUUGGCAAACACAUUACAACUGAACUCAGUAUUCCAUCCUCUUUAGAUUUAAUUCUUCAGAUUAUUAUUGAUAAAGUUUUGAAGUCCAAUAAAUUGAUCUUAAAAAAUCUAAAAUGUUUUCAAGUCCAAAUACCAAUUGAUGAUCCAACAUUGUCUAAAAUAACUUAUCUUACAUAAAAAACGUUUUAACAUCAAAAACAAGCUUUAUUUUCGAAUAUAAUGUAAUCCCAUCAAUAGAAAUCCCACACUUUUAUUUCCAAACUUUUCUCCAAAUCGAAUUGUUUGAUCGAAUUGUCAUCGAAACCUUCACAAUUCAUACAAAUUCAAUCGAUCCCACGAUGUCGCAUCGAACGCCGCCCGAAAAGAGAACAAUACCGGCAACUCCAAAAACGUCCUUCCUCCUCCACGUCCCGAAAUGCAACAACCUCUCGUUGGCAUUGUUUUCCGCCCACAUCCUCUUUGAACAGCUCAUACUGAAGCGUUUCUGCAACGUCGUCCUGUGUAUAGAAACCGAGGUAAUUCCAAUGCAGGACGACAUCGUAGCCAUACAAUUCCCUUUUCAUACUGAGUCUAAAAUCGUCAUCGUCUCUUCACUCAAACCACAUGGUACUUGUUAUGUUUGCAGCUUGAAUUGGUAUUGUUUAUGGGGAGUGAGAUAUUGUGCAAUUCCUGAUGGUUUAUAAAGUUAGAUGCGAAGUUGAUUAUAAUACUGUAUGUGUGUGUCCUAGUUUUACGUGCCGAAUUCCUGCUGUAAACAAAAGUGUGUGACCGAGGUGCGGCCUACACGUGCAUUCUCCUCCUGCGAAGGCCCCACUACCAGCCGAUGAACCGUCGUUGUUGGUUCGCUCGUCGUCGUCGUUGUCGGUUUUAGUGUCUCGCCAGUUAGUAGUCGCUCCGGAAGGUGCUUCAAAAAAUCCGGUUAUUCUUCUUUUGCCACGACCAAAAAGAAAUAAUUCCGGCGCGAAAACCCUCUUCAACAAUAUCCAUUCUGCUUAAUAAUAUCUAUUCACCUUCUAGUCUCCAAUUUUUCUCGAAGUAAUUCUUCUUCCAAAGAAGAAAUCAAAGAACUCAACAAGUGGUUAUUAGAAAUUCUUUUUUGCGCGCCAACUUAUUCGAUCAACGCGAACCUAUUGAUUUUACCUUUCAGUUUGAAACUAGAACUCGACGUAGCUGUUCGAUUUAAUAAAAGGAGAAUAUAAAAUAAGUACCGCGACGCGGAUCGAUUCCAUACCUUUCCGGAGUUUGUAUCCAAACAAAUUUUAGGUGUUGAUUCGGAAAACUUUUGUUUUGGUGUUUCUAAUUUUUUAUUGUUAAGUUGGAUGAUAAUGUGAGUUCACGCGUGUUAAAAAAAGGGGGGCCUGUGAAGGUGCAUGAUGGUGUACGAGGAGUGACGAAACGUCACUGUGCUAGUGUGCUAUGGCUGAUAGUAAGUUCCUUUAUUCGACAUGCGUUGCCAUCCUCGGAUUUGUGUGCUUCGUGGUUGGUGCGACUGCUGUCGGUUUACCCGGAUGGGCAUACUUCGAUAGCGUAGCAGGUGGAUUUGGGGAUGAUAGAGGAUAUUUUGGAUUAUGGACUAUUUGUAAAGCUUUAGCAUACAGCAGGGAGAGAUGUGGAAAGGAUUAUUCGAAAUUUCGUCCAACAGUUGUUGUAUGGAUCGCCGGAGUCGUCGGAGCAAUUUCCGUGGCAAUUUUAGGAGGGUUUUGCAUCUUAAGCAUCAUACAAAUGGCGAUGUUACAAUCGAAAGAACGUGUCGUUAUGAAAUACAGCGUUUUGGUUAUUUUAAAAUUGGCUACAAGUCUUUUAGCGACUUUACUAUCGGUAGCCACAGCCGGAUUAUUUGCUUUACAAACCGAUGAAAAUAAUACUGGGGGAUUUCGUGUAACAAGAGGACCAGGAUUUUACGUACAAAUAAUGUUCAUAGUUUUAAACGCAAUUUUAUUCGUAAUGUCGCUUUAUGAUUUAAUCUUUUCGAGAAAACCUGGGGGAGAUCCCACAAAAGAAGGAAUCACUCCAACUGGAGGUGGUACAUUAGAAAAUCCAGGAUUUAUUGAUUCUACUAGACCAAGACAUGGAGAUAUUUCUAUGACUGAUGCAAGUGGAAAACCAUACGGUUCAAUAACAAACGGAAGUAUGAAUUCAGUGAAUACAACCUCGACGACUUUAGGUUCUAAUGGAUCUUCGUUUACGUUACCGAAAGCUCCAGCGAGAUCAAGCUUAAAGAAAAAACCAGCAACGACUACCGAUGGUUUAGGAAUACAAAAUCCGGGUUAUUCUGGGUCGUCGCCCACUUUCAAUAGAAAUGGAAGUAUGAAAAAAGUCAGGAUUCAAACUCACAGUACAGAUGUGUAAAUAAAAAGAUUAUUUAUAAAUUGUUGAGACAAUUUCUUUUGAAACAAAUCCGUCCGAAAAUAACUGUGUUAAAAACAAGUUUCGUUAAAAAAAUUGUUUUGUAAUAUUUUUGUAAGAGUUGCUUUUUUUAUAUAUAUUUUAUUACAUUGAAGAUGUAGUUGCAAUAAUAUACAUUAAGGUUUUGAUAGUUAUAUUUUCUUUUUAAUUUAUUGUGUUGUUAUUUCGUGUGGAUCUACUUAAUUAUUAUUUUAUGGAAAUUGU